AUGGCCCCAACGGACAGCAAUUCUGUUGCAAUGUCCACGAAAGGAACCGGUGCGGCAGGCGGACAUUUCUCAUUACGAGAAAACAUUACAACAAAUAUGAAGACAUGCUACGACGCAGGCAUGGAAAACUUUAUAUUUGAGGUUGUUACUGACAAGGCGAUUCAUCUGCCACCUCAACCCCGAGUACGUGAAGUGGUCGUCCCAACGUCAUAC